AAAAAAUCUUGAGUAGGUAAACGAAUCAAUUCCUCGCAGUUUCCUAUUUUGAAAGCAACGUUCCAAUUACAAGAGACUUUCCUUGAAAACUUUCUUGCAAAUACAAUCAAAAUCCAAGAACUAAGAAACCGAAAGCUCGGUGCAUAUAUAGAUAGUACUUAUACCAUAUCUGCUAGCAAAGACCACAUAAAAAAAAAGAAGCAACGGAGUAGACUAGUAAUACGCUAAACCUAACAAUGGAUAGUUACCAACACGUCUUUGUGAUGCGUCAUGGAGACAGACGCGACAACUUCGACCCACUUUGGACAGCAACAGCUGCCAGACCUUGGGAUCCUCCUCUCUUUCAAAACGGCAUGGUUCGAGCGUUUAAAACCGGUCAAAGCAUCGAGAGGUUUUCUAUCCACCGCAUCUUCGUCUCGCCUUUCCUCAGAUGUAUUCAGACAGCUUCCCAAGUCGUGGCAGCUCUCUCCACCCUCAAAGACCUCCCUUCAAUUGAUAAGUCUAAGCUCAAGGUUACUAUUGAAUACGGCUUGUGUGAGAUGAUGAACUCGGUGGCUAUAUGGUCUAAUGUCUCUCCUAAUGAUGGAAAAUUUGACUUUGAUAUUUCGGAACUUGAAGCUAUGUUUCCUGAAGGAAUGGUGGAUCAUAAUGUGGAUCCUAUAUAUAAAGAGAUGCCAGAAUGGGGAGAGUCUGUGGAAGGAUGCAGAAAAAGAUAUGUUAAAGUUGUAAAUACUCUUGCCGAUAAGUAUCCUACAGAGAAUUUACUAUUAAUCACCCACGGGGAAGGAUUGGAAACAACUUUCUUCACCUUCUAUAAAGAUACAACCAUCCACGAAGUAGACUAUUGUGCUUAUGUUGAAUUGAGAAGAGAGGUCUCUAGUAAAGAUGGGGAUGUUGUUAAAACUGGGGAGUACGAGGUUAGUCAAAGUGGAAUCAGGUUUAGUCAUGAUCCUGUCGUAAGCAGAACAAUGGAUAGGUACCAACACGUCUUUGUGAUGCGUCACGGAGAAACACUCGACAACUUCGACCCACUUUGGGCAGCAACAGCUGCAAGACCUUGGGAUCCUCCUCUCUCUCUAAACGGCAUGGUUCGAUCGUUUAGAACCUGUCAAAGGAUCCUAUUUGAGACCGGGUUUCCCAUUCACCGCGUCUUCGUUUCUCCUUUCCUCAGAUGUAUUCAGACAGCUUCCAAAGUCGUGGCAGCUCUCUCCCUCUCCGUCCCUAGAGACCUCCCUUCCAUUGAUAAACCAAAGCUAGUCAAGGUUGCUAUUGAAUACGGCUUGAGUGAGAUGAUGAACUCGGUGGCUAUAUGCCCUGAGGUUUCUCCUACGGAUGGAAACUUUUACUUCAAUAUUUCGGAUCUUGAAGCUCUGUUUCCUGAAGGAGUAGUGGAUCAUAAUGUGGAUCCAAUUUAUAAAGAGAUGCCAAAAUGGGAAGAGACUGUGGAAAGUUGCAGAGAGAGAUACGUUAAAGUUGUAAACACUCUUGCCGAUAAGUAUCCUACAGAGAACUUGCUCUUAAUCACCCACGGGGAAGGAUUGGAAACAACAUUCUUGACCUUCCAUAAAGAUACAACCGUCCACGAAGUAGAUUAUUGUGCUUAUGUUGAACUGAAAAGAGAAGUCUCAAAUAAAGACGGGGAUGUUGAAACUGGGGAGUAUGAGGUAAGUCAAACUGGAAUCAGGUUUAGUCAUGAUCCUGUUAUAAACAGAUCACCGGUUUAGCCACAGUUCCUCUGUGUUCUUCUGGUUGUAUUUGAACUGCUUAUUGUAUGAAACCAUUAAAAAAAAAAUUACUUUCUCAUUAAACAGAGAGACAAG